UUGAUCUGACCCGUUCAAAUUGCAACAAACACCUUUUCCUUUCCGCUUGGAUUCUUUCUAUAUCCGGAUUUGAUUUGCAAUUUACUCGGCGAUUCCAUCAUUUUUUAUUUUUCUUUUUCAGUGACUGAUGAGGGAUGACCCCACUUGAUUCUAUCAAACGGUUCAUAUUCAAUCUCCUAGAUCAAAUCUGAAGCCCCACGCCAAGAGUGUUGUGUCAAUCCACAUUUAACCAAAACUCAAACAGUUAAAGCAGGAUUAUCUUCUUACAUUCAUUAGUCCUCUCGAUGCCAAAGGAUAUGUAAGAACGAUCCAAGUAACUGAGAAGUGAGCUGAGAAUUGAUGAACUUAAACUAGUAAAACCUCCAAAAUCAAGGCCAAAGAAAGAAGCGGACAAAAACCCAAGAAUGAAAGAAUCCUAGUAAGAAGAAGUAGCAAGGAGGAAGACCAGAAGCAAUGGGUUUCAGCAUGGGCUUGAACUUCCUCCUUCUCUUAGCCAUGGUGGCGACUAAUAUCCUCUCCCUUUACCACCUCUCUUCCACCGUCCAAUCUCCCAAUCCUCCUUCGCCUACCCCUAUCCCUGACCACCUCCUACGCCAGCUGAACACCAUACGCGCCACCAUCAAUCACCUCACACGCCACAACCCAUCCGCCGCAUCUAAAUCCACACCCACCGUACCUCAAGAUCUCGUCCUCCACUCCCAAAUCGGCCCCAUUGCUUCUUCCUGCCACAGCCACCCUGACCUUCUCCAUAGAUACAUGAAUUACACUCCUUUUUCAACCUGCCCUUAUGAUCCUGACCUCCAAGAAACCCUUAUUCUCAAUGGCUGCCACCCACUUCCACGUCGGCGUUGCUUCUCAAAAACCCCAUCAAAAACCCCUUCCACUCUUCCUUUAAACCCUUUCGCAGCUUCCCUCCCUGACUCCUCUGUUAUCUGGAACAAAUACUUGUGUAAAUCGUUUGCCUGUCUUUCACAAAACAAUCCCGUAGGCUUCGAUCUCAACGCUCUACGCUCUUCACUGCUAAAAUACGCUUCUGAACUCGAUCUCCCCGUUAACCAGUUCAUGCAAUUGGCUAAGUCAGCUAAUUCAGUGAUCCGUCUUGGCAUUGACAUAGGUGGUGGAACUGGAACCUUCGCUGCUAUAAUGAAAAAAUUCUACAAUGUUACGAUGCUGACCACCACCAUGAACGUCAAUGCACCUUACAAUGAAGCCGUAGCUUUAAGAGGGUUGGUGCCUUUACACGUGCCGUUGCAGCAGAGGUUGCCCGUUUUCGACGGGACGAUGGAUGUGGUUCGGUGUGGAAGGGCGGUGAACAGGUGGAUACCUGUGUCGGUGAUGGAGUUUAUGUUUUAUGAUGUGGAUAGAGUGUUGAGAGGAGGAGGGUAUUUGUGGGUGGAUCGGUUCUUUAGUAAAGGAGUGGAUCUGGAGAAAGUUUAUGAACCACUAAUUGGGAAGCUUGGGUAUAAGAAAGUGAAGUGGGCAGUUACCAAUAAAACUGAUCCAAGUGGUUUGAAGAAUGGGGAAGUUUAUUUGACUGCUUUAUUGCAAAAGCCUGUUUCAAAAUGAUGACGGGAAUUGAGGAUUCAUUGAAUUUUUGAGAUAUUGAUGUCAGAUCAGAAUUGCUUGAAUGCCGGAAACAUCCCACCACCUUUCCAAAGAUUAACGUUUGCAGCCGAAAAGCUGGAAGAAAGCCUUUGCUCGAGUAACAAAAGCAACUAAUGUGGCUUACGAUUUCAGCAGCUUUUUAAUGUUGUAAAGAUUGUUGAUGUCCAAAAUAUUUUAUAGGAAGCGGAAAGUGUUGUAAAAUCACAAUGUUCUGUCGGAAAACGUGGUCAAAGUGGCCCUCGUUCAUUCAACUGUAUAACCUGUGGCCAUCUACACAUAAAUCUGGAGAACAGAUCUCAAAAUAAUGGAGUAAUACCAUAUAUAUAUUUUUGUUUGCGUUAGCAGCAAAUGU